AAAUGGAAUGUCUCGUCGCCCAUUUGAAGUUGUCUUGACGCUUCAUCGAACCAUCUUUUAUACACAACAAUGACCACUAGAGGUCGCUAGUCGCCCAUACAAAUAUCUUGUCUCCAGUAGCUUGGUCACGUUGGGUACCGUUCCAACAGUAUUGAACUGAACUGAACGUGUCAUUUUCAUCUUAACAAAAUGACAUCAUAAUGCAACGAAUUAGUUCCCCACUGCUUUGCAAUGUGUGAUCCUCUUUCCCUUCAUAAUCAUUGAUGUUGGUAAAUCGAAAUCAUAAAUCACGAUCAAUCAUCUCAGGCCGUCUGUCAAAUCUGAAUGGAAAUCAUUCACGUCCUCCAGUAAAUCUGCGAUAGAAAUGCUGCAAAAAAAAAAGGCUAACCACCCACCAAAAGCAAAACAAGAUGGUGAAAUGAAAUCGAUUUGCUCCGCGCGUGCACCAAAAGCGUGCACGCGCCCCGGGUGUUGCUGUUAUCAAUCCACCUGUUCGCGCGCUUGCAUAUCACGUGCUCGCGUCCCUCCUCUCGAACGAAUGGAGCAUCCAUCGGCUCACCUCCCCCAUAACGCGUCUGCAUUUUUAUUUGGAUUGUUUUCUCGCAGCCAAGACGGCGACCGCUGCCUCUCGCCGAACGUGCCGAUUGGACCCAUCUCGAACCGGUUUGGAAUUUUGAGUCACAACACCGCCGCGUGAGAAACGCAGUGAACGCGCCACCGUGAGGUUUUUCUUUUCUUUUUUUUUUUCCUGGGUUGUAUUCUUUGACAUGGGCGAAGUCACGGUACCGGUAACACCUCGCCUUCUCGUGGCAGAGUGACAACUUUAUUGAUCACCACAGCCCCUUUUUUUUUUUUUUUUUUUUUUUUUUUUUGCGCCCUCUAAAUGGGAGCGCGUUUUUUUUCUGGGGAAUUACCCGUCGUUUUCCUUUGCCAAUUAUGUUCACUUUUGCUGCCUUCUGCUAUAUGCUGUCUCUGGUUCUCUGCGUGUCGCUCAUCUUCUUCGCAAUAUGGCACAUAACAGCUUUUGAUGAGCUCCAGGCUGACUUCAAGGUGCCAAUCGAUCAAGGCAAUCCACUCCAUGCGAGGGAGAGACUGCGAAACAUCGAGAGGAUCUGCAACCUUCUGAGGAAGUUGGUGCUACCAGAGUACUCGAUCCAUGUGCUCUUCUGUAUCAUGUUCCUAUGUGCCCAAGAAUGGCUGACGGUGGGCCUCAACAUCCCCCUGCUCUUCUACAACACGUGGAGUAGGUACUUCCAUUCCCCAACGGAUACCAAGGAGUUGAGCUACGACCCGGCUUCGGUCAUGAACGGCGACACGCUCAAGUUCUGCCUGAAGGAGGCCUGGUGCAAGCUGUCCUUCUUCGUCCUGUCCUUCUUCUACUAUCUCUACUGUGUGUGGAACCUGGAAAUAUCCCUCUAAUAGCUCGUACAAAAGUAUGGUCUACUCGCUGGUUACCUCAUAACUGACGCAUCGACACCCGAAGAGCCUCUGGACACGCAAACUGCCCUAUUUUACGAAAUGCUUUUUGCCAGAGAUGUAAACGGACGCUUCUUUGCCGCUUCCCUUUCCACCCCAAAGCGAAGGGACGUGUGUCCGUGCUCGACGACACCCGCCAAGACGACCCCUCGCGGUUCGACCGAUCAUCGCCAGUUGACGGCAACUCGUUCUCACGCCCGCUCGCGUCUGCGGCUUGCUCUGGAGCGGCGUCUUGUAGCAGCGGAUGGUCGCGCGCGGGACGACAAGCACAGUAGCAUUUGCACCGUUUGUCUCAGGCACAGCAGUACUGC